UGAUUAAAGAAGUAAUUAAAUGGAUUAGGAGCAAUAGAAAAGUAAGAAAGAUGAGUUUGAGAAGGGAGCCCCAGCCCCCACAGAGAAAUGAGUGAGGAAACUUCCCUUAUACCUAUUUAUAUAUUCAUCACUGCACACUCGAUCAAAAUCAGCAUACUGUAUUUCUUCCACACUCAUCCCGUAACGCCCAAACACACAACUUGAUCAUAUACAUAUAUAUAUACCUCUCUCUCUGUGUCUCUCAUAAAAUUAAUUAAAGAGAUGAACAUGCAGUCUGUGUGGGUAUUAGUGAUGAUAAUCCUGACGCAGCUAUCAAAAAGCUGCUGCAGCUCUUCCCUGAAUUCGUUCAUAUACGUGGGGUGCUCCCAACUGAAAUACAACCCGGGCAGCCCCUACGAGUCCAACGUCAAUUCAAUACUCACCUCCAUCGUCAACUCCGCCUCCUACGCCAACUACAACAACUUCAAGAUCUCCCUUCCCGGUUCCGCCGCCGGCGACGUCGUCUACGGCCUCUUCCAGUGCCGCGGCGACCUCGCCGCCGCCGACUGCCGCCAGUGCGUGUCGGACGCGGUGGCCCGCCUGGGGGCCACCUGCACGGGGGCGUCGGGCGGGGCGCUGCAGCUGGAGGGGUGCUUCGUGCGCUUCGACAACGCGUCGUUCGUCGGGGUGGAGGACAAGACGGUGGUGUCGGAGAAGUGCGGGCCCAUGGUGGGGGAAGAGUCGGACGUGUUGACUCGGCGGGACUCGGUGCUGUCGUACCUGGGGGCGGGCGGCCAGUACUUCCGGGCCAGCGGGGCGGGGAAGGUGCAGGGCGUCGCGCAGUGCGUGCAGGACUUGAGCGUGCCCGAGUGCCAGGAUUGUGUCUCGGAGGCCAUCCAGCGGCUGAGGGCGCAGUGCGGCUCCGCUGCGUGGGGGGAUAUGUUCUUCGCCAAGUGCUACGCGCGAUACUCCCAGCGUGGUUACACGUCUAAGACAGAAAAUGAUGAUGAGGUGGAGAAAACACUAGCCAUUUUCAUUGGACUUGUAGCUGGUGUAGCAAUACUCGUGGUCUUCCUCUCUUUCUUGAGUAAAGCUUUAGAUCACAAAGGUGGCGGCAAAUAAGCAAAUUACGUUGCAAUCAUUCGGUAAAUUUCCUUUCUUUGGGUUAAUCCUUUUCUUUUACCUUAAGUGAGAGCAACAAAAAAAAGUGAAGAAGGAAGAUUUGAUUUGGUCCGUGCCUCAAUCUUGUUGUAGUUUUCAUGAAUAAAAUUCGUUACACUUUUGUAAAAAAGGUGUUGAUUCCGCAACGACGAUCGAGAUCAUUUUAAUACCUAAUAAUUAGGCUAGCCAUUUUCAUUUAAUUGUUAUCGUAUAGAAUGUAUUUUUGUCAUGCUGCACCAUUCAUUAUGGUUAAUUCUUCAAUUUCAUUUCUAAUUCAUGAGGAAUACUCCACUCAUUUAAAUCCUUCAA